UUUUGACAUGCAUUAACGGAAAUUAUGUUGUCCGAAACCAGCAAUAGGGCAUCUCGAGCAGUGUCUCGUUGAUGUUUAUAUAGGUCAGAUUUUGGAAUUGUAACCAUUAAACAAUAUGCAGUCUGACACUUUUUUACACCUUGCCAAUGUUUCUACAUUGUUGGUGUGCAUGGUGCUGAAGUUUCCACAGAUCUUCGUACUGUUGCGAGCUAAAUCCACAACUGGAAUCAGCCUCAAAAGUCUUGUGCUCGAACUUGUGGGGUAUGUUGUGUUUGUUACAUACCAGGUGUAUUAUGACUACCCAUCUCCAACUUAUCUGGAAUAUCCGAUUCUCAUUGCGCAAGAUGUAGUUCUUCUGCUCUUGAUUCUUCUCUACGACGGCCGACUGCAGGACAGCCUCAAGUACGGCGUUGUCUUUGUCGUGGGUUGGCGGGUCCUCACGGUGGAAAAAUGGAUCAUCGAUUUUGCUAUGAGCCUGUGCACAAUUAUCAGUGCAGCCAGCAAGUUUGCCCAGCUGCAGUGUCUGUGGAGGUCAAAGGAUGCUGGACAAGUGAGCGCCCUCACCUGGGCGCUGGCCACAUUCACAUGUGCAACUCGGAUUUACACUACCGUAGCAACAACUGGAGACGUGCAAGUUUUGGUGCGGUUCGUUGUCAUGACCUUGCUGAACCUGUGGGUGCUUCUCAGCGUGCUCCAUUACGGAAGACACAGGCACAGUACCAUCAAAGAAGACUGAGCACUUUAGAGAGCAAUGGUCCUCUGUUACGGCAAGAUCAAGCCUGACUGGUUACAUCUGUUUUGUUUUUCAGUUUUUCUACCUGUAAAAUGUGCUUUUAACUCCCUUUAUUAUUUUUAAGAGAACAUUCCAAUGCCCAGAAAAAAAACAAAACCCACACCAAUGUUUGAUUACGCUGUAAAUAGUUUUGUAGUGGGAAAGCACAAACAUGACACUUUUCAACUCAGGAUAAAUGACAGUAUUUACGUGUUCAGUUUUUUUCCCAAACAGUCAGUAUUGAAAUAAACCAGAACUUUUACUGCCUUA